UCAAAGUCAGAUGAUACAUAACACAGGUAACAAUAAAAAGGGACAUUUUGACCAACAAAAUAAACCAUCUCAUGAAAUACAGAACACAAAUGAUGAGACCAGAAGAAAAUGAAACGACCAAUUUUUCGGAGGCACAGAGUGCUAGCCCGGACGUCGUGGGCAUUCAGAAUAAAAAUAGUUCUUCUGAAGGAAGAGCAACACCACUUCAGGAAGUAGAGACGGAAACUAACAGAUAUUCAAACGCCGAAGAGAAAAAAAGCCCAACUCAAACUGCAAUAGCUAUUUACCAAGAAAUCGAAAGGUUGCUCGAAAGCGAUAAAUGCAACGAUGGUCUCAGAACUGAGCUGGAGUUAUCUUUUCCAGAAUACCGUUCAACAUUUAUCAAAUGGCGAAGGGAUUUGGAAAAAACUGAUCAUGGAAUAGUAAUUGCAGGAGAAACGAGUUCUGGAAAAUCAACAUUGAUCAACAAGAUCCUGGGUAUAAAACUGUUUCAAGGAAAGGUUCUUGAAUCAACCUCAACUAUUUGUAAAAUACGGAACUCUAACCAAAUUAGAAUGUUUACAACUGACAAGACAGGACACACUGAGCUGAAAUAUUUUUCAAACAAAGGAAGACUUGAGUACAAAGAAGGCAUAAAAGAAUUAAGGGAGUACUUAAAGAAACGCACGAGUGUGUCACCAGAUGAUUCAGUUGACAUUCAAAUUGUAGAUAUACGACUUCCUGCUCCGUUCCUAAAGCAGGGCAACACAAUUCUUGUUGACACACCUGGAAUUGGGGGAUCAGGGAAGGUUACUCAAAAACUUAUAGAAUAUCUUCCAAACGCGUUGGCUUUCAUCUUUGUGAUAGACGUAUCGAGUGCUGGUGGUAUGCAGAAAGACAGGCUUCCCCAGCUAUUACAAACAGUUACAGACUUACAAAAGCAAUCAGAGAUGCCGUGUUUCAAUCCAGAAAACGUUGUUUUCAUAACAAACAAAUGGGAUUUAGUUCAAAAGCAAAUUGAAAGCAGUGACGAGGAUGACAGUGAAAAUAAAAGAGAAGAGGAAAUUGGUAUAUGGGAAAAUCUCAAGAAGGAUAUCAAACAGAUGUGGCCAUUAGUAAGAGAGGAAAACAUCUUUAAAAUGAACUUAAAAGAUGUUUCUUCACAAAGGCGAAACCAUUCUACGAGGUCAUUUGAAAUCUUUAAAAAGAUACUGGCGUCAUUGGUGAAAAAAGCUGAAGGCCUAAGAGUGAUAGAACAUUUAAGAUUCUUGCAGAACAUAUUAAAAGCUAUAUUGAAGGGGAUAAACAUUACAAUAAACAAUGUCGAGAAAAGUAAAGAAAAACAGGACAAAAAGAACGAAAGAAUAAAAAAGGACAUUGAAUUGUUAAGAAAUGAAUGCAUUGAGGUAGAUCAAAAAUACAAAACAAUGGUUGAGGAGGAUAUUGAUGCCAUUGUAAAGGAAUGUGAAACAUACAUGUCGACAGAUGAAGGGAAAUGCAAAAUAUUAAAUCCGGCUGGCCGAGUACCUAUUAAUAAAAUUAAUUGGAAUAAAGCAGAUUUUAAAGCUAAAAUUAAGUCUAGGAUUGAUCUGUAUGUUAAAGAUUUUUUAAAAUCCGAUGCAGUUUUAAACAGAUAUAAAAACAUUGGAAAAAAAUUACAAAUAUUUCACGAUAAAAUAAUAACCAAAAUUAAAGAUUUAGAAGGUGAGCCCGAAAACAUCAACCCCCUUAACGAGAAAGACACCGAAUCAAAGACAUAUUUAAUACAGAUUGGAUUCCUUUCGUCUGCUGCUUGGCUUACAGCACUUGCUUUAGGGGUUAAUACACCUGCUGCUUUUUUUGGUGGUUUUUUGUUUGUCAUGUUGUCAUAUUUUCGUUGGAAUUCAAAAUCACCUAAAGAAAUAGAUGAUGAAUACAAAAAAUGCAAAAGUAAAGUUUCAACGGCAAUUCGCAAUGAUCUUGAGAAACGGUUUGCUUCACCAAUUCAGGAAAUGGUACACAAGGUAACAGAUGAUCUUCUUCUAAAAAUAGACAAAUUAGAAGAAAACAACAAAUCAGUACAAACAGAACUUGAGCAAAUUGUAGCCAAUUGUAAUUUGUUAAGCCAACUUGAUUUGGAAAUACGUGCUCUAGAGGCAACAGUUACAUCUUUACAAAAAGAAAUUGGAAAUGUAAAACGUUAAGGACAAAAAACAUCUACUGGUUUGCACCGAAUUUCUCCUAUUUUAGUGUUAGUUGUAGUAAUAACAUUCAACUGACGUUAUCUUGAUAAAUACAAACUAAAAUGUAAAAUUUCAAUGUUUUUUGCAAUUUGAUACAUUAGCGUCACAAUUAUGUUUCUAGUAUGCACUUAUACAAUGUACAUUUGGUUUGAUUUUAUCAAUUGAGUCAUGGUUAAAAUGUUUAUCAAUAAUUUUAUAUCAUUGAAUUGUAAAUUUGAGCAGUAGUUUAUUAUAUAGAUUUUUUUUAUAAUAACGAUUUUAUUGAAUUAAGAAAA